AUGAAAAUUCCGCUCUCGCUCCUUCUCUUUCUGCCUCUUCUCACCGAUUCCUUCGAGACUAUCUACAGAGUCCGCAAGUUUAUCGCCCGGUAAUUCGCCGCAUUCCUACCCAUUUUCAUCCGUUUUUCAGCCCGAACUCGCGUCGUUCGGCGGCCGACGAUGAUCUGGAUAUGGCUGCGGCGGAGCUCGUUUUCAAGGAGAAAGAGAUUCUGAAACCACUGACGACGGAUCGGAUCGAGGCGCCGCCGAGGAAGCUUCCAUUCGGAACGGAGCAAUCUGUCGAAAAAGCAGCGGAAUCAGUGAGCACAUUUCAGACUAUCACGGGCCAACUGAAAGUAUUUGAGGCGGGAGCUCCAGCCGCAGAACCCACGUUCUCGGAAUUGCAACGGACGCAUUUGGAAGACCUUGAAAAGGAGGAAAGCAAAAAUCUGAAGAGCAGUAUGAUUGCUCCAGAAGACGGAGAAACGAGAAAGUUGGAAGAGCUGACGACGGAAGCUCCAACUGUGAAGAACCCAUUUUCUGAAGGAGUAGUUCAUGACGGAGAGACCUCCCAGGACAGAGUUGCCACGUGGCAGCAGUAAGCAGCAGUCACUUCUGAUAUCAUCUUCUUUUCUCCGAUUCUUUCAGACCACUGCCGUCCCAUGGCCGUCUGAUCGCCUACGACUUCAACGUUAACCCCGAAUACCCGCAGUUUGCUCCGAGAGCACGCGGACUUGUUGGCAUUCCGGACGGAUGGAAUCUCGACAAAACGAUCGACGAGGAGUUCAAAAGUGGAUUCAGAAGAGUCGAUUUCAGACGGAGGCGCUUCAAUUAG